GCGCUGGUGCUCGAGGAGGCGGGGACCAUCUUCCUGGCGCCGAAGACGGACCUCGUCGCCAUGCCCGGGCCGGUCAUCGCCGCCGCGCCCCACCUGUGGGCGGUCUCCCUGCGCCGCCGCUGGGGCCUCUGGCGCCCGCGGCUGCGCGUGCGCCGCCUGCCCCUCGGGGGCGACCGGGGCGCCGAGGCCCCGACGAUCGCUGCCGGGGAGACCACGGGCCUGCCCGCCGAGGAGCACGGCCCUGGUCAGGCGGCCCCGCGGGGCCUGGGGCCGCGGCACCCGCUGGGCGCCGCCCUGCUCAGGGCGGGCGGGAGCUGCCCCCAGCUCGUGGCCGUGCUGGCGAGCGGGGAGCUGCUGGUGAACGACGUGCGGUGA